AGGAUUCAUUAGAGGCGAAUUUAAAUCUUUAUAUUAAUAGAAUAAAUCGCAAAGAAAAAUGACUGAGAGAUCUCCAGUAUCAGCCGAAGAUACUUUAGUUCGCUACGAUAAUCCUGUAUUAGUCACUAAACAACCGGAGAAAGUUACAUCGCCGCGCACAGGAGCAGUAGCACAGCCAUGCGUGCCUACUGAGGCUAAACGAGAAACUGAAGAAAUAUUGAAUGCUAUUCUACCUCCCAAAGAAUGGGAAGAAGAAGGUCAAAUAUGGACUCAAAAGAUAUCAUCAACACCAGCCACACGUCUAGACGUAAUAAACCUGCAAGAAAUGUUGGACACACGUCUACAACAGCGCCAGGCUAGAGAGACGGGUAUUUGUCCUGUACGCAGACAACUUUAUACUCAAUGCUUUGACGAGCUAAUCCGUCAGGUAACCAUUAAUUGCGGAGAAAGAGGUCUACUGCUACUAAGAGUACGUGAUGAAGCCAGAAUCACUAUGGAAGCAUACCAAACCCUUUAUUGCAGUUCUAUAGCUUUUGGAAUGAGAAAAGCAUUACAGUCAGAGCAAGGCAAAUCGGACCUUAUGGACCAAGUAGCAAAACUAGAAGGCGAGCGUUCAGCCCUAGAGAAGCAAUGUAUGGAACUGAAACAGAAAACUGAGCAACUAGAGAGAAGAGCGGCAGAACUACGUGCAGCUGAGGAGAAACGCCACCAGGAGGAACUGCUUGCGUUAAAGAAAACUAAUGUUCAACUAAAGGCACAACUCGAGGGCAUCAUCGCUCCAAAGAAGUAAUUUUAAUAUAAUUCAUUAUGUAUUUUUAAGUAUUUUUGUUGUUCAUUAUGUAAAAAAUAUUUUAAUUGUGUUUUCUA